AUGACAACAAACUCUAACGAACUUUCGGCAGAUGAAAUCGCCCUUUAUGACAGACAAAUUCGUCUUUGGGGUAUGGGAACUCAAUUACGAUUAAGGUCAACCAAAAUAUUGAUUAUAAACUUAGGAGCAAUAGGUACAGAGGUAAUCAAAAACUUAGUAUUGGGUGGAUUGAAUUCUAUCGAAAUCUUGGAUAAUUCUACUGUUAAGGAAGAAGAUUUUGCAAGUCAAUUCUUUUUACCUAAUGAUGACAAGAUUAUUGGUGAAAAGAAAUUACCAUUAGUUAUUGGUAGAAUACGGGAAUUGAAUAAUAGAGUGAAUCUCUCUAUAAAUAUGAAAACUUUGAAUGAAGCUUUACAAGAUGAAGAAUAUUUUAAAUCUUUUGAUUUGAUAAUUGCCACUGAGGUGGAGAAGGAUUUGUUAUUGCAACUUAAUCAACUUACCAGAAAAUUAAGUAUCCCGCUUUAUGUCUCAGGAAUGCAUGGAAUGUUUGCAUAUAUCAUAACCGAUUUGAUAGAACAUAUUUCCACAACCGAAAUGGAAGCAGGGAACCAAUCAAGGAAGUCGGGUACUCAGUUAUCUAGAAAUAAAAUUAUAACUUCGGUUAGUAUUGAUGAAAAAUCAAAAAAAGAGUUGGUUACUAUUACAGAUCAUUUCACUCCAAUAUCAGAGAUUUUCCAUUCUAAAGAGCUUCCAAACCAAUUGAACAAAAGGCAAUUGAAGAGAUUGUCAGGUGCUCUUCCAUUGAUAUUUUCCUUGUUUGAAAUCCCAAGACCAGAAGAUCCUGAAUCAAUUAUUGAUAUUUCCCUUCUAAAGACGAAAGCAUUGGAUAUAUGUGAACGCUUUAACGUGCCUUCAACUGCAGUCACGGAUGAAUACCUUGACCUCUUCAGCAGGCAAGCAUUUGCAGAAUUCACUCCCAUUGCAGCUGUAAUUGGGGGGGCAGUGGCUCAAGACGUAAUCCAAUUCUUGAGUAAAAAGGAAAGUCCUAUAAAUAAUGUUCUAAUUUUAGAUUCUAUUAAAUCAGAGAUGCCAAUUUACCUGUUAUAG